GUGCGAUGUGUAAUAUCUGACUUGACGGCGCUGGAAGGAAAAGGCGUAGCUAGUAAACACACAGCGGACAUUUAAACACCGUCUUAUUACAUCUUUUCUCCGGUUCUUACAGAGUCGGCCGGUGUCGUAUGUUUCGCUGUAACCGUGCGUGGUUGUCACAGUGACUGUCAGCGUCCCAAAAAAUAAAAAAUAGACUGAAGAAGAAGAGAGAAGCUAGCUAGCAUAGCCACCUAGCCGCCGCCCCGCAGCUAGCUUUAGCAUUAGCAUCAGACGACAAAGAUGAUAGCGCUAAUUAACAAACUGCUGGACUGGUUCAAGGCGCUCUUCUGGAAAGAAGAGAUGGAGCUGACCCUGGUGGGGCUGCAGUACUCGGGGAAAACCACCUUCGUCAACGUGAUAGCGUCUGGCCAGUUCAGUGAAGACAUGAUUCCUACGGUCGGAUUCAACAUGAGGAAGAUCACUAAGGGAAACGUCACCAUCAAGUUGUGGGACAUCGGCGGCCAGCCUCGGUUCAGGAGCAUGUGGGAGCGUUACUGUCGAGGAGUCAGCGCUAUCGUCUACAUGGUGGACGCAGCGGACCCAGAGAAGAUCGAAGCCUCCAAGAACGAACUCCACAACCUGCUGGACAAACCGCAGCUGCAGGGGAUUCCUGUUUUGGUUCUGGGCAACAAGAGGGACCUACAAGGAGCUCUGGAUGAGAAGGAGCUCAUAGAGAGGAUGAACCUGUCGGCCAUCCAGGACAGAGAGAUCUGCUGUUACUCCAUCUCCUGCAAGGAGAAAGACAACAUCGACAUCACUCUCCAGUGGUUGAUCCAGCACUCCCGGACUAAGAGGAGUUCCUGAGAACAGGCCACGCCCCCAACAGAACAGGCCACGCCCACCUGUCCUCUCUCUCUCUUCUCACACAGACACACACACACACACACACACACACAGUUGUUCUUUGAUCAAACCCCCUCCUCCUUCCUUCCAUCUACCCCAUGCUUGUAUUAAAGCCCCUGUUACUCCCACCCUGACACGUCAGGAUGCACUGAUAUCAAAACCGGGAUGCCCAGAUGCAGGUAGAACAUGUCAGAAACCCCAAAAACCAAAGCCUCCUGAUCGGUUUCCUCGCGUAGACAAACAUCACUUCUUGUCACGGUUUUAAAAUGAUGACUUACCGGGAAUCAGGGACGCAACUACUACGACUUAUUUUCUGCAUUAAUCGACUGAAUAGAAAGAUGUCGUAAAAGCCCAAGAUGACCCCUUUAAAUGUCUCGUUUUGUCCACAAGUCAAAGCUGUUCAGUUCCCUGUCCCAGAGGAGAGAAGACACUAGAACAUAUUCACAUUUAACAAGCUGACAUCACACAAGUUUUACUGUUAUUUCAUAAAAAAUCACUUCAAACCGAUUAUCAAAUUAAAUUGACAACAAAUUAAUUAAUCUUUGCAGCUUUUCCUGGAAUAUAUCACAUACUACACACACAGAGAGACACACACACACACAGACACACACACACACACAGGCACACAGGCACACACACACAGACAGAGAGACACACCCACAUAUCUGGGAUUCCUCCCCAUAUAUAGAAUGUGAUUUUAAACCCACAGAACUGCUGAUUAAUCAGACCUGUGUCUUCAUUCUGAUGUUUUUGUGAUAUCUAUUAGUUCAUGUGGCAGAGCAGCAUCCUCUCUUCCGAGUCUCUGAGGUGUCGGGAGUGUUGCCGCUGUAGUUUGACACUUAAUUCAAAGCAUUAAUGAGAUUUUAGAGAAGUGUUUGUGCUUCUGCUCAUCCAGCAGUAUUUAGGACACGAGUGGACGCCAGCUAGCAGGUCUUAUUCCUGGGAAA